CUAACAAUUACCUCCUCACUCUCCCCGCUCUUCUCUCUCUCAACAUCGCCGUUCAUCGUUCCUCAAAGAUCUGUAAGCAACAGAAAGCUCUCAUUUUUAUUUAUUUAUUUAUUUUUUCCCUCUCGAAGAUUUCUCUUUCUCUGGGUCAUGACGGACUCUGCUGAACCACCAUCAGAGUCGGCCGCCGAACCCAAUCCAAACCCGAACCCUAUUCCCAAUUCCCAUAUUCACCCUCGCCGGGAGCCUUUCGAGCAUGGUCUCCUCCCAAUCCCCAAGCUCAUAUUCACUGACCCGACUCAAACACUCACCCAACUCAGGCAGAAACUUGUCUCCCACCCCCGUGUUAACUCUGCCACUCUCGCUGACACUCUCCAGAUCUCCGUCGAUCAUGCUAGGCUCGUUCUCGACACUCUCGCCUCGGUUCUCCACUCCGAGACUGACCCUCUUGUCAAGGCCCCACCCGGGGAGAUUGACUCUGUCGGAGCUGAUUUGCGUGAUCUGAUAUUAUUUUUAUAUAUACAAUCGUAUAAGAGGUUGUUACCCAGGACUCAUAAGGACUCUGCUGCCGUUACCGAUGUCUGGCCGUCCACCUCAGCUUUCGAUGGGUUCCUGUCGGCUUUAUCGCCACUUCAGCUUGUGCGCAGCAACAGCCGUCGGUUUACGCCAUCACAGGCUGAUGAAGAGGCCCAUCAGUUAUCUUAUCUACAAAAGCACAUGGCUAACAUUCUCUCUCUUUUGGCAGAGCCUGUGGAAGGAGAAGGCGAAGAGUCUCUGGUUUUGACUGUAGAAGGUCUUGAGCACCUUGGGUUUCUGAUUCAAUUUGGUGAUAAGGGUUCUGAAGGAGUUUCAUUAAGUCAAGCUGCUCCAUUUUUUGCCAAUUCAGAUCCUGACAUGCCCGCAGUUCCUGUUCCUGCAGUACAAGUCCAUGAUUGGGUUUUGCAGAAUAUAGCCUCUGCGUUGGAACAUAUCACUGAAAGAAUUUCUGCAAAAGAAAAUGGGCCAUCGAGUUUCUCUGAUAAUGAUGUUGCCAUGGCUGAUGCCUGCACAAGUUCAAUCAAGGGCUCACCAAGUGCAAGGGGAUCAAGUUUUAUUGAGGGGAUCUCUAAAUCUUCAUAUGUAAGACAAGCAUCAGAUCUUAAAGGUUCUUCCGUAAAGGUCUUGAAUUGCCAUGAUUCUGUCAUUUACAUCUUAGCACCCUUGAGAUAUGCCACCAUCUAUGGAUGCUCUGAUGCUACUAUAGUUCUUGGAGCUGUUGGCAAGGCUGUAAGGAUUGAACACUGUGAGCGAGUUCAUGUGAUUAUGGCAGCAAAACGAGUCUGUAUUGCCAAUUGUCGUGAAUGUGUAUUCUUUCUGGGGGUAACCCAGCGACCUCUCAUGGUUGGUGAUAACCAUAAGCUGCAGGUGGCACCCUACAAUACACAUUACUCAGCGUUGGGGGAGCACAUGGCUGAAGUGGGCAUUGAGGCAACUAUUAACAGAUGGGAUGAUCCCUUGGCUUUGGGAGUGGUUGACCCACAUGAUUCAUUAUCUCAUCCUGCAGGUGUCUCUGAUGUUCAAGCUGAGUCAGCUUCACGCCUGGAUCCUGAUCAAUUAACAAGUUUCCUGAUUCCAAACUGGUUUAGCGGUGAAUCUUCUGGGUCAACAAAAGACAACCCUUUUCCAUUACCGGAAGCGUAUAUGUCAUCUCAGCAGAGAAAUCAAAAGAAUUUGGGCGAGAUAAAGCAAUUAUUGAGGGAAGCUCCUCUUGAAGAAAAUCGGAAGCGUGAACUAUCAUGUGCACUGCAUCUACUAUUCAAGGACUGGUUAUAUGCUUCAGGCAAUAUCCGUCAACUUUACUGCCUCCAAGGCGAUUGAUGAAUGCAUCACAUGAACAAAGGUGGUAACAGAAGGAAGCUAUAUGGCGCCUUUUUUUCUUUUUUUAUAUUGCAGCCCCAUUUUCACUAGUACUAGAAGCAGUUGAGAAUCAUCCCCACGUACUUCGUAAUCCAACAACAUUUGUCUGGUGACAGUGGUGCACAGAAUAUGUUGAUCACGCUAAUCUCAUUGUAAUUUUUUUUUUUUGAAAGGAAAAUUCUUGCUGUAAUAUUUGUUAACAUAGGUUCUCAAUCUUAUGAGUUUUCCUCCUUUAUUCCUUCCUGUUUAGUCUCCGUUGUGAAAUUUAAAUGUUUGAUUUUUUAUUUUUGGUUCCCCUUUGAAGUUUUGCCCAUGUGUUGGCUGUUAAUA